AUGAAUGCGCUUAUGCAGUCUUCUCUGACUGACGUCGAGUCGAAACUCAAUACUCUCCUGAAACAUCUCACGACAUCUCCGGGAGCAGCUGGAGCGCCGGCCGCUGCAGUUGCCCUACUCGAAGCUGACGACACGCUAUCCUCCUCCAUCGACACCCUUCGACUCCACCAAGAAAACUACGCCAAGAUUCUACGGCUACGGUCUGAGGCGGAGAGGCUGGAAGAACGUGUGAAAGACAUUGUGAGGGAUCUCGAAGGGUUCGACAAGGAGAUCAGGACUGCUUGCGGCGACGACGAAGAGAUCGACAGCGACCUGGACUCAGAGGACGAAAGCGAGGCGGCCAAGAGCAGGGCAGCCGCCCGCAAAGAGAUCGACUACCGAUUACUUCUAGACUUUGCGCGUCGCAUCAGCAAGUAUAACCAGGAAGCCGCAGCUGAUGUCGCCAAAGGUGCCGGACUGGGAGCCCGCCAGGACACGCGACCACAGAUUGCGGACAAGGAUGUGAUGAUGACGGACACGAACGGCGAGAUAGGCACAGAGGAAGGCGGUGCAGAACCUGUCUCAUCGGUGACGAAGAAUGCGACGCAGUGGCUCGAUGAUUCGGCGAACGUCACUCGCGAGGUGAAUCUGUUGCCCUACCCCCCGGAGGACCGGAUACGCAUGGGCUUGAUGGGCAAGAUCCCCGCCGAGGGUACCGACCGUGAAAAGGAGGUGGAGCGAUUGAUCCGUGAGGCAGAAGGUCUGGAGGUUACCGAAUCACCAGCCCCAGCAGCGCCAGUGCAACCGACAGAACCAAAGCCGGACGAGGUCGCGAAGACUGCAGCGCCGGCUGCUCCCCCUGCUCCUGUCACAGCAAGACUACCAGCCCCAGCACCUGCGUCAGCACCAGCGCCCGCACCCAAGCCUAAACCGAAGGCUACUCUGGACCUCGACCUUUAUGAUCCCGAUGACGACGAUUUUUAA